AUGGACACGCCUUUGACAGAAGGAUACUGGUGGAACAAGACUUGGUUCUCGUUAACUUGUGGUCCUCGUGUCCCUUUGAACAAGGCCAAUGUACAACAUUGUCUUCACGACACCAACAUCUACCUCACCGGUGAUUCGACCACAAGGCAAUGGUUUGCCGCCAUCACCGAGGCCCUAGGGUUAGGACAACCGGAGGAUCAUGAGCGGGUUUUCCUGCUGCAGAGACGUGAAAAGACAGCAAAUCUUAACCUUACUUUUAUCUUCCAUCCUCUCACGGCCCAUCCCCAGAAUAUCUUUGUCAAUCUCUCGACGGUCAAGUUUGAAGCUGAUGUUAUUCUCGAUUUGCCACGUCAUACCUGUAGGAAUGUUGUCGUGUUCAGUCCCUGGGCACAUUUCUGUUUUUGGCAGUGGGAAGCGUACACAGACUGGUUGAAGGGCAUCAGGGCAGCCAUUUUGGUUGCCAUGCAGAGAUGUCCAGAUCUCCUUUUUGUUUAUAAAAGUCCACAUCCCAGAGACGAGUGGUCGGCGUUCCAUGCGCGAGACAUCGUCUUCAAUGAGAUGAGAGCUCUUGUCAGGGAUGUUUUUAAAGGUCUUGGUUUAAUCUUCGUUGAUAUAUGGGAUAUGAACCUAGGAAGUCCAUGGCCUAUUGCAUUGCAUAUGCCCAAAGACGUCAUCAAUCAGGAAGUUUCUGUAUUGUUGUCUUACUUGUGUCCAUUGCUACAGAGCAGGGACAAGAUAAAAACAACGGUAUAG